AUGUUUGCCUCGUCCUCAUCAUCAUUAUUCCGAGCUUGCUCGAAAAGCUCUUCAAAAUCCAACGCUCUCUCUUCUCUUCUUCUUUCUCCGAAUUCAGCAACUACAACAACAACGGCUCUUAAUUGUACUCAAAAACGUUUUCUCAACAUUCAUGAAUAUCAGGCUCAAGACCUUUUCAGAAAAUAUGAUAUUUCUGUUCCUAGAGGUAAAAUCAUCACGGGUGUAACCGAAGUGAAAAAAGCCUGUAUUGAUUUGGGCUAUAACGUGGAUUAUAUUGUAAAGGCUCAAGUCUUGGCUGGAGGAAGAGGACGAGGAAAAUUCAAGAAUGGUCUUAAAGGUGGUGUUCAAAAAGCCCUUUCGGUUGCAGAAGCUGAAGAAUAUGCUUCUAAAAUGUUGGGACAAGUCCUUGUAACCAAACAAACCGGACCUGAAGGAAAGCCAUGUAACAAGGUUUAUAUUCAAGAACGACUUUAUGCUCGUAGAGAAUUAUAUCUUGCCAUUUUACUUGAUCGACAAUCGGGAGGUCCUGUUUUAAUCGGAAGUACUCAGGGAGGAAUGGCUAUUGAAGAUGUCGCUAAGGAAAGUCCUGAAGAAAUCCAUACCAUUCAAAUCAAUAUCAAGGAGGGAUUGAAGAAGACUCAAGCAGCAGAGUUAGCUCAAAAAUUAGGUUUUACUCGUGAUGACAUGAUGCAACAAGCGGUCGACCAAAUUACAAAACUUUAUAACUUGUUUAUGAAGACAGACGCAGUUCUUCUUGAAAUCAAUCCUUUAAUUGAAACUGCUGAUGGAAAAGUGAUUUGUGCUGAUGCUAAAAUUAAUAUCGAUGACAAUGCUGCAUUCCGUCAACCAGAACUUUUCGCUCUCAAGGAUAUUUCACAAGAAGAUCCUAGAGAUGUUCGUGCUGCUAAAUACGAUUUGAAUUAUAUUGGUCUUGAUGGCAAUAUUGGAUGUAUUGUGAACGGAGCAGGUUUGGCCAUGGCAACUAUGGACAUCAUUAAAUUAUACGGUGGAGAUCCAGCCAACUUUUUGGACGUGGGUGGUGGUGCAUCCCAGGACCAAAUUGUGGAAGCUUUAAAAAUUCUCAACGACGAUCAUCACGUUCAAGCAAUUUUGGUGAACAUUUUCGGAGGUAUUAUGAGAUGUGACCUUAUUGCACAAGGUUUGAUUAAUGCUGUGAAGGAGACGGAAUUGAGAGCUCCAGUUGUUGUUCGUUUGCAAGGUACCAAUGUGCAACAAGCAAAGGAUAUUCUCGCCAAGAGUGGAAUUCGUAUUAUACCAGCUGACAAUCUUGAAGAUGCCGCUCAGAAAGCUGUGAAAAUUGCAUCCAUUGUGGUCAAUGCCACUGAUUUGGGUUUGAAGGUCAAUUUUGAACUCAAGUAA